AUGUGGGGAUCCCUGGGCCUCCUCCUGGUGUCAGCUCUCUUCCCUGUCAGGAGAGCGGCUGCCGAGCGCUGCCCACGGAUCUGCAUCUGCGAUAACAUAAAGCACCACGUCAUGUGUCUGAACAAGAACCUCACGGAGGUGCCCAUCACCAUCCCACAGGUCACCCAAAAACUGGAUCUCCGGGGCAACAACAUAAAAGUCAUCCCUGGAGGAGCUUUCCUCCCUAUCCCAUACCUCACCUACUUAAACCUGCAGCGAUGCAACGUGGAGAGUAUUGAGGAAGGGGCUUUCAGGGGACUAGGACGACUGAUCUACCUCAACCUGGCUUCCAACAAUAUAGCCUUCAUCUACCAGGAGUCCCUGGAUGGGCUGUCUUCUCUUCAGCAGCUCAUCCUGGAGAAGAACCGCAUAGAAGAGAUAAAGCCAGGGGCUUUCAGCCAACUGGGCUUCCUCAACUUCCUCAACCUUGGCGAGAACUUCCUGGUCUACCUGCCUGAUAUGGUCUUCCAGGGCCUGCAGCUGAUCAAGUGGCUCCGCCUGUCCCAUAAUGCACUUCAUGUCAUAGCCACGGAGGCCUUUGGUGGGUUGCCGACCCUGAGGAAGUUGAGCCUGGACCACAACGAACUGCAAUCCCUGCCCACAGAGGCCCUGUCGAGGCUGUCGGGUACCACACGGCUGGACCUGGGACACAACCCUGUCACCUACAUCGGCGAGGAGGCCAUUGAGAUGGCUUCACUGAAGCAGCUGUUCUUGGACAACAUGGCCCUGCAGGAUGUCUCACACAAAGCCUUUGUGAAGAGCCCCCUGCUGCACACAGUCGACCUCCACAACAACCAGCUGCAGGUGCUGCAGCCGCUGACAGAAGCUGCCCACCUGAAGAAAAUCAACUUAACAGGAAACCCCGUGGUUUGCACUUGCUACAUGCGGCCCUUCAAGGAGUGGACGGAGAAAGCGAGGGUCCAGGCCGAUGUGCCAUGUGCAGGCCCUGGCGCCUUCAGAGGUGAGCAGCUGGAGUCGCUGAGGUCCAUUGAUAUGAAGUGUGGUGGCCCUGCUCCGGACGAGAAGCGGCUCCCCAGCCCAGCCACCCCCAGGAGGGAGCCAGAGGGAGAUGCUAAGACGAGGUGUCCAAAAGUCUGCGCCUGCUCCCCUGAUUUCCAACACAGCAACUGCGAGAACAGAGGCCUCCGGAAGAUCCCCAAGGGGUUCCCAGGCAACACCCAGCUCCUGGACCUGCGCCAAAAUGAGUUCCACUCCAUACCCAAGGGAUCCUUCCCCGGCUUGAAGAAGCUGGUCUCGCUCCAUCUGCAAAGCUGCAAGAUCAUGGAGCUGCAGCCGGGGGCCUUCCAGGGCUUAAAGAAGCUGGUCUACCUCUACCUGUCUAACAACAACAUUGCUGCCAUAGAUGCUGCUGCCUUUGAUGGGGCCCCCCAGCUCAGCUACCUGUACCUGGACCGCAAUGGGUUCACUCGGAUGCCCACGGGGGCCUUCAGCCUCCUGCCCAACCUCUUCUCCCUCCACUUGCAGCAUAACUCCAUCAGCCAGCUGUCAGACAAUGACCUGGCUGGGGCAGGGCAGCUACGCUGGGUCUACCUAAGCGGGAACCGCAUCACUCGUGUGUCCCCCAGGGCCCUGAGCCCCGCCAAGAUGCUAGAGAAGCUGCACCUGGAUGAGAACCUAUUGCAGGAAGUGCCCACCGGGUCCCUCCGGGGUUUGCCUGUCCUUAGUGAGCUGAAGCUGUCCAAGAAUCCCAUCAAGUCUAUUGGGGAUGGAGCCUUCCUCCCUGUAGCCAGGUCCCUGCUGCACCUGUAUCUGGAUAAUAUGGGGCUAGAACAGCUUUCCUCAAGAGCCUUUGCUGGUCUGGGUCCCAGGAUGAAGAGUCUGUACCUGGACAACAACAACAUGUAUAACGUGCCUGACUUGCGCAGCUUCACAGGGCUGGAGGUCAUCAACCUGAGAGACAUCCCCUUCCACUGCGACUGCCAGCUCCUCCCACUGCGCAGAUGGAUUGACAAACUGAACCUGCGCGUGGGAGCCACCUGUGGGUCCCCAGCAGAAGUCCGCGGGCAGAAGGUGAAGCUUUCUGCUGUCUUCAAAAGCUGCCCAGGCUGGGGUAUGGAGAAAGGCAGAAGGGCCCAUCCAGACAAAGUUAAGGCCAAAAUCAAAGCAGAAAGAAGCCCCAGCAAGGAAAAGAGGUCAGGAAAAGCACAAGCCAGAGGCACCAAGAAGAGCAAAGCGUAA